AUGGAUGAAUUAUUGCAGAGCAGGCCGUUAGGCGAUUCUUCGAAUCAUGACCUAAAGGGUCAACGCCAAGCUAAUCAAGAACUUCACGAUGAAAUCGAUCAAUUGACUCAAUCAAACAGAGACUAUGAAUGCCGAACAUACAAUCUUGAACGGGAUAUAGUUUUACGUGAGGAAAGAAUUCGAUAUCUCGAGGAGGAGUUAGCAAAUACAAUCGAACUUUCAAUACAAGAAAGGGAGGAAUUGGAAAAAGAGACAUCAGACCUAAAAAAAAUCGUUUAUCAUCUUAAAAAGGAGAUCGAACAAAAAGAUAAGGAACUUAUUACCAGGGAAAAUCAAUUAGCUGAAUUUGAUGUCAGAGAAAAAAAACUCAAAACCCGAAUUCGAGAAAUAUCAAAAUCUGCAGGUAAUACUCCUAAAGCAUACAACCAAACGGCAAAGUUAAUAGAUGAGAAUGAACGUCUCAAACGUGAAAUCGAUACUUUAAAAUAUAAUCUUAAAGAUCGCGACAAUAAAUUAGCUCAGAAAAAAACUCGUAUUAUAGAUUUACAUUGUCAAAACUUUGCAUUAGCAUUAUUAAGAUACAGAGAUAGAGUAGAACUUAUAAAUACUCAAGAAACUUUACAAAAUGCUCAGAUAUGGAAUAUAGAAAAUGAAUAUGAAAUAGACGAAAAUUCACAGGAUAGUUAUACAUCUGAUCCAGAUAUGACAACAAUAAUUGAGUUGGCUGAUACUAUUGAUAAUUAUUUGGAUACCCCUGGAACAAAUAGAACAAUUUUAUCCAAUCAAAUAAAAAGAGUAACACGACAGAUACGUCGCAAAUACAACAAUCUUCAAACAGAUCUUAUAAAUGAGCAACAACGAAGAUAUAAUGCUGAAGCAGAACGAGACCUACGUCAAACAGCAUUAAGAAAUACAGAAGCUGAUCUUAAUUUAAUGACUAUUGCAUAUAAUGGUGAAGUAAAAGAACGACGUCGCUGGUACUAUUCCUAUAAAGAUAAACAUAGACAUGUUAUAAAUUUACAACGGGAUAAAUUUACUAUACAUUUAUUGUUACAACGAUACAAAAGGCAGUUAAAUGCAUGUCGUACUGAAAAUGGAUUAUUAGAAUAUAACCGCCAAAUGCCUCCUGAUGAUUAUGUAAAUACAUUAGAACAAGCAUGGUCUAUUGCAGUACCUCAGAUGACUGCUCUUGAAACUGCAAAUGCUGGAGAUUUUGAUGAUGCCAUUAAAUGUAAUGUUUUAAAAAGCAAAAUAGGUGGUAACGUUUAUCAACAAUCUUCCUAUAACUCUAAAAUAAUAGAAGCUCCAGUAAUUUCGCAAUCACCUGAUAUACAAAAAAUGAUUAACGAGACAUUAGAAAAACAGAAAUCUUCCUAUAUUGAGGCAUUAGAAAAACAGAAAUCUGAUUCUGAUGCUGUGAUAGAAAAAUUAAGAAAGGAAGUUCAAUCCCAAAAAGCACAGAAAACUCAGGCACCAGUUGAACCAGUUAGACAACCAAGAGGUCCCCCAUCAAAUUUAAAAACGGAAAAAGAUUAUGAAAAUUAUUAUUUAGCGAAAUACUAUAACGAUUUAGGUAUAUAUGAUUUAGAUUCAAAUUAUCCUGAAAAACCUUUUCAAAGAACAAACCAAUCCGCUAGAAUGGAUAGAAUAGAAUCAAAAGUGGACGAAAUUGGACAAAUGACAUCUCAAUUCGGAAAAAUGGUACUUGAAAAUCAAUCCAAAAAACCGAUAGCCAAAUCAAAUCGAACACAACGAUAUUAUCCUUUUCAACCAAUAAAUUAUAACUUUUCAGCUAAUAAUGAAAAUAGUGGAUAUAAUGAAGAAAAUGAUAUAUGUAACUUGGCUAACCCUUCUUCUGAUCUAGUAACUAUCCACCCCGAAACAUAUGAUCAGUUAUUGUCUAAUCUUUCACCAGCAAUGCGAAAAAUGUGUCAGUCUCAAACAGUUCAGAAAAAAGAAUCAAAAUCAGAUGAGUGGUUUUCAUCUCUACAAUACCUGAAUGCUAGUAUAAACGAUUUAACUAUUUCUGAAUCAUUUUUAGAUAAUGGAAGUGAAUUUGGAGCCUUGAAUGAUGCAACAAUUAAUGCCCUCGGAUGGAAAGCUGACAAGCCAUCUGACUUCGAUAUAAAAGGUAACUCUAAACAUAUCACCGAAUCGUUGGGAUGGUUUAUGGAUGUGCCAGUCAGUAUAAAGGAUAAGGAUGGUAAAACUGUUACAGCUACUGGAAAUUUUACACGUAUUGAUAAUGGUGAACCCGAACCAAUGUUAUGUUUAGGUAUGACAUGGAUUCGAAAAGUUCAAGGUAUUCUUGACCCAAAUAAAAACCAAUUCCGAAUGAAAUUACAUGGUAAGACUUAUAUUAUUCCGACAUUCAGCAAGACCCCAUCUAGCUUGACUAAUGAGGAAGACUUAAAAAAAAAUGUGAUGAAUUUGAAAAGCAACUCAUAA